CGGCCCCUCCCCGCCGCGGGCGGCGCCAUUUUACCCCCCCUCGCAGCCUGCGCGCCUCGGCGUUGGAGCUGCGGCUGCCGUGGCGGCGGCGGGGGGGAGAGACAGAGCGAGAGGCCGCCGUUUCGCCUCCCCCUCGUUUCUUGCCUCGGUCCAGGCACGCGUGGAGGGGAAGGGACGAGGUUCAGUUCCUGCCCCUCGCUUUUCCCCUUUCGGAUAAGCCGCACACGGGGUGUGUGUGUGUGGGGGAACCUGGGCACCACCGAGCCAGGCUGCUCCUACCCUCCCUCCCUCUUCCUUCCUUCCUCCCCUGCACAUCUCAGCCGCCUCCUCCUCAUCCAUCCAUCCAUCCAUCCAUCCACCCGUCCCCGGGGAUGAGCAACACUGUGGCUAGCCCGAUGUCAACAGUUUCUUCUUCAGGCAGUGGAAGAAAAUCUACAAGCUUUACACCUGAGUUGCAAAGUAUGAUGUUUUCCUUAGGGGAUGCUCGCAGGCCACUCCAUGAGACUGCAAUACUGGUGGAAGAUGUCGUCCACACCCAGCUGAUAAAUUUGUUGCAGCAAGCGGCUGAAGUUUCUCAGCUGAGAGGAGCUCGAGUCAUCUCUGCUGAAGAUCUCCUGUUCUUAAUGCGCAAAGAUAAGAAAAAGCUUAGAAGGCUGCUAAAAUACAUGUUUUUUCGAGAUUAUAAAUCCAAAGUUGUCAAAGGAAUAGAAGAAGACGACCUCCUUGAAGACAAAUUCAGCAGUAAUAACACUAACAAACGGCAGAAGCUUGCUCAAGACUUUCUCAACUCCAUUGACCAGACUGGAGAGCUCUUAGCUAUGUUUGAAGAUGAUGAGAUUGAUGAUGUCAAGCAAGAGCGGAUGGAGAGAGCAGAAAGACAAACACGAAUGAUGGACUCGGUCCAAUAUGCGGAAUUUUGUGAAAGUCGGCAAUUGAGUUUUUCAAAGAAAGCAUCCAAAUUCCGUGACUGGUUGGACUGUAGCAGUAUGGAAAUAAAGCCCAAUGCAGUUGCAAUGGAGAUUUUGGCAUAUUUAGCAUAUGAGACUGUGGCGCAGUUGGUGGACUUGGCCCUUCUGGUGAAGCAGGACAUGGCUCCCAAAGCUGGUGACCCGUUCAGUCACGCCAUAUCUGCCACCUUCAUACAGUAUCACAACUCUACCGAGCCACAUCUCUUAGGGCAAUCUACAAGUGUGAAGACCAGUCUUGACUCUCCUGAAAACACGCCUCCUCCUACACCCACGCCCCCAGCAUCAGCAGGCCAGCAACAUCUUGGGAAAACUCCUUCAGGAGCCCUGGGGAAUGGUGGAAUUGGACAGGACUCUACCAAAUCCAAACAAAGGAAAAGAAAAAAGAGCACUGCAGCCUGUGGUAUGGAGGCUCAAAGCGAUGCCAUCCAGCCCAGCCACAUCAGAGAGGCCAUUCGACGCUAUGGCCACAAGAUUGGCCCCCUUUCCCCAUUCACAAUUUUCUCUUUCUUUGACAGAGUGCCUACCGCAGAAACGGGAUGACUUUUCUCGCCUGCUAAUGUGGAUGUGGCUGCAGCAACAGGAAAGACAAUGUUAUAUUAAGGUGAUUUUCUUUUCCCCUCCAUGGAAGGAAAAAAAAUACAAGCUCCAGUGUCUCUGUGUACCAGUGAGUGGGCUGGUUUGUUGUGACUAUCUGCUGGCUGACUCUGUCUCUUUUUUCCAGCCCCCUCAACCGUUAUUCUUGUUUACUAGCUGGAACAUUUAGCUAAUUAAUGGCAGGAUGUUUGGGAUAGGGUGUAGGUGGACAAGAAUGCAGAUGGGAUGAUUCUGAAAUUUGCAGGGGACUUGCUGCUGUCAGCCCGUUUUUGAAAUGCGAUGUCAUUUUUAUUUAAGUGUUUGGAAGUCUGGAUGUUUUCCUAGAGAGAUGUUGGUGUUUUUGCUUUGUUUUGUUUUGUUUUGUUUUUGUAAAGCAGGACAGGACAGAAAGAGGCCAGAGAUAAGAGACUGGGUGAUACACAUUUAUAUAUGUUAUAUAAAGAUUAUGCAGCUUUUCCUUGUGAUUUUUACACAACUGUUAUCCACUUUUCCACUGGUGUCUCUCAACUAAUUUUUAAGUGUUCAGGCAGUGUAACCCCAUUUAAUCUAGUGAGGGGCUUUUUGAUGGGAGUAAUAGCAAUUUCAGAUCCAAAGAUACGCAGAAAAAAGUCCAGGUAAACUGUACUUUGCCAGUGAGAGACUUGUCUGUCUGCAGACCCAAGGACCAGCUGAGCAGUAAUUCUCAGUAUUUGCAUCCCCUAAGGCUCGAGCCACCACUCUCUGAAAUCAAGGCAGGCCUUUGCAGUGGCCUGGUGCUGGAUUGGGCCCCUAUUUAGAAAAAUACAUCCUAAAGUAUUUCAAUACCUGUGUUUGUCUCAGUGGUUCUAGGCAACGGCUUAACAUUAUGUACUUGCUCAGCAUUUGCUGCAGGAAGCAGAUGCUGUCUCUGUUGUUGACAAAGGCAGUGUUACUGUUGGGUUUGGUUAAGGAAGAAAUGGGUUCUUUUUCACCUUUUCUUAAAAUAUUUUAGCUCACGUUGUUUGUUUUCAGAUUUAUUUUUUAAAUCUCAGUCCCUCCCUCUCUGCUCCUUCCUGUCCCCUGCUCCUCCAGCCUUUGCUGGCCUCACAAACACAUUCAUUUCUUCCCAUAAAAACUGUACAAAUAUAGAGCUAACCACGAUGGUGCCUGACCAGAGGAACGGGCUCAUGCUUCAGCCCAUCAUCAGGACCUACAGGCAUGUACUGCUUGUGUCCCUGUGGUACCCCACAGGCUCAGGGCUCUGCUUCAGCCCCUCUUAGCCCAGGCUUGAAAUCCAACUUAAACCUCAAUGAAGCGAGAACACUCUAGAGAACGAGAGGAGAUCAGCAAAAUAUUACUUUUAUAUAGUGCAGCCAUCCUCCUCCUUUGUGCUUAGCAUGUAAGGUCUCAAUUUUUAGUCCCACUGUAUGCUUUUGUGGUCAUUUGUAAGUGGUUUUCUUGCCUUGCUUUCCUGGACCCGCUUGCAAAAACUUUAAAAAAUAUAUAUAUCUUUUAAAUAAACAGAAAAAAUGCCUCUUCUCUUUGCAACCAAAAUACUGUAAAAAUGAGCUUUGUAUAUUACUGCCACUCAUAAAUUGCUUUUUUCUUUUACCUGCUGACGCUUCUUUUUUCUGGAGUUAAUCUGUGUGUAAAGGACUAAAAGUAAUGUGCACAGUGCAGUCUAUUAAACAAGAGGGGGGAAGUUUUCUGAUGUUCCAUCUGUGCUUCUUGAAAUAUAUGAUUAAACUUUUCUUUUUAUCAUCA